AUGGCCCAGGUUCAGGUGGCCAGCAACAAAUGCUUCAUCAAAAUUGUUCAUUGCUACCUGCUCAAAGCUGGCAAGGAGAAAGAAGCUCAAGAGUACCACAAAAAGGUGAGCCGUGCAUCCCGGGUCGGUAACUUGGAGUCCGUCAAGAUGUGGAAUUACAUUACUCUGCCAUUCCAGGUGCUCAAGGUAAUGGAAGAUAUGGGAUUAGGCACAAACCAUUUGAGUUUCUCCAUGCCUCCAACACCACCUGAGGUUUUUCCCACUCCGGCACCGGGAUGA